AUGCCCACCGCAACAGUUGUGACUGGUCAUAGAGCCACCAUUACUAACUUCGGCCCGCUAACAACGGUCUAUUCAGCACCAACAUCAUGCGCCACAGAAACAGACCAUCUUUACUUGGGUAUAACAGAAGAACCCGGCAUCCUUUGGGCUUACCCAACCUGUACCGGUGUCCAAACAUUUGGCGACUGCAUACCAUCUGGGGACGCUUUCGAUAAGCUCAUGACUGAUGAAUACGCGAAGAUACUUCACCCUGGAUUUUAUCAUUAUUAUUCCCCCGGCCUCUACUGCCCCCAAGGCUGGACCACUGCCGCUACCCUCGUUAACGAAGGUGGAUCCUUCACAGGGAUCUCGGGAUACUUGACGCAGAGUUACUCUCGCUGGCUCGGUCACUGGGAGCCCGGCAGAGCACAACCUUCAGACCCAGAAGAGGUUUGGAAACAAGUCCUAUUGCCCUCCGAGACUCUCACGAUAUGUUGCCCGAGCGGCUUCCAAGGCGACAACAACGGCGACUGCUACUCAGUUCUAGGUCCAAUAUCUUCCUAUGGCUUCACAGAACUAUACAAUUCACAACUCAACCAUCACUCUGUGGGAAACGAUGAGCUUGAUAACCAUUACCCGGGACCUCGAAACUAG